AUGUUAAGUGAACAAUAAAUUUUAUAAAUAGUCUUAGCUGCUGAUGGUAUAGUACUACACUUUUAAUUUUACAUCACUAACGAGAUAUUAUAUUUAAUAAUAGGGUUAUCAUCAGUAGUUUUUCAUGGCAUAUUAUUUCUAAUUGAAUAAAUGAUAAGAAAUCAACUAUUGAAGAUGUCUUUAAAUAUACUUAAAUUAGUACAAAUAUUUAUUGUUUCCUAAAUGUUGUAUCGAUCUUGGAUGAUUUAUGUGGGAAUUCAAAUAGUUUGCAUACUCAAAUUUAACUAAAAACUAACAAGAUUAAUGAUAUUCAUUUUAUUUUGCAUUCAUUCAACAUCCCUUACUUUUGCAGAUAUGAAUUAUUUAGCAACUGGAAUAGUAAGAAAUUGUUUAUGUUACUUUUUACUUUUAUGUUUAUUUAAAAAACAAUCUUACACAAUUGAUUAAAUGGAAGGGAUAAUCAACUAAAUAAGUUCAGAUAUUUUCAUUAUUCUCGACAAUAAUUUUAUUCCAGAGAACGAAUAAGAGAAUUUUCAAAACAUUAUGAAUGAUUAUGUUCUAAGAAGUGGUGAUGAAAGAAGUGAUCGUAUUAUAACUAAUAGAGAGUAAUAUAGUGUUGGUAUUCAACCAAAAUUAAUAGAUGAAAGAAAUACAUUCCAAUUCAAAGCAAUUUUCAAUCACUUAAAAACAACACUAAAUAAUUGGUCAGAUUAAACAUAUGAAACCUAAUCUAAUUAUAUUAUAAUAGUUAAGAAAGUAUUUAUUAAUGAAAAUAUCAUUUAAACCAAAUAUUUUAAGUGUUUAGCAAUAUAAUAAGAUUAUUUUUUCAUUAUUUAGAAAAAGUUAAAACCUAAUUUUGCAAGAAAAGAGCCUUAAAUAGAUAAUACAAAAGAAAAUUUAAAAAUUUUAAGCAAAGUAUCACAUGAUAUGAGAACUCCUUUGAAUGCAAUAAUAAAUAUGUAAUUAUGUUUAAAGGAUUAAAUUGAUAAAGCUUUAGCUGAAAGAUAUUUAAAACCUUCACUUAAUUCUUGUAGAUUACUUUUAAAUUUAGUUAAUGAUAUAUUAGAUUAAGCUUAGCUGUAAAAUAGGAAAAUUCGUUUAGUAUUCAAAAAGUUUAAUUUAAAAAAGCUAAUCAAUAAAACAAUAUCAAUUUUUGAUAUAUAGAAAGAGAAAAAAGAAUUAACAAUUAUAUUAAAAUAUGAGGACAAUGUACCUCAGUUCCUUAAUAGUGAUAAAAAUAGAAUUAGAUAAGUUAUUAUGAAUCUAUUAAGCAAUGCAGUUAAAUAUUCAAUGGCAAAAGGAUAAAUAAUAAUUUCUUGUGAAUAUAUGAAGAAAUCCUAAACUUUUAAAAUUUUAGUGAGCGAUACUGGUUUAGGUAUUAAACCUGAAAAUUUGGAUAUGCUUUUUUAAGAAUUUGCAAGAGUUGAAGACAAAUAAAAUUAAGAGAAAAAUCCAAAUGGUAUAGGUUUAGGCUUAUUAAUAAGUAACGAAUUAUCAAAACUAUUAUCUUCUAAUAAUUAAGGGAUAUCUGUUAAAUCUUAAUAUGAAAAAGGAGCAACAUUUUCUUUUUAAAUAUUAAAUCAAAAACUUCCUGAUGAAGAUUUAUCUGAUUCUUUAGUUUCAGAAGUUGCUGCUUAGGAAGUAAGCCACUUGCCUGAGUCACAUUUUUUCAAGUAAUAAAGUUGUAGUUUAAAAUCUAAAGAGUUUGUUAUGCCAAUAAUUAAACAACCUUCAUAUGAUAGUUAUUAAGUUAUUCCUACGAAUAAUAAUUAAUCAAUUAAGAAGUACAAUUUGAGAGUAAACUCAUCAAAUCUAUUAUCCUCAAAUCGAUUACUUCCAUUUAAUGUGGAAUGUGAAAAGUCUUAUCAAAGAAAAUCCACUAGUCAAUCAAAUUAAAUUAUUGAAUAAACAAAUAAUUGGUUAGAUUAAACCUCUAAAUAGCCUCCUGUCUUAAUUGUAGAUGAUAAUGAAUUUAACAUUAUUGUCUUAUAAUAUAUUUUGGAAUAAUUGUAUUUAACUUGUGAUUCUGCUAUUUCAGGAAUAAUAGCAUUAAAAAAAUGUAAGGAAAGAGCUUUGAGUCAAUAUAAACUAAUAUUUUUAGAUAUUGAAAUGCCUGAGAUGGAUGGAUUAGAGACAGCGAAGAAACUUUUAUAAUUUGAUGGAAGUCUUAUGAUUAUAGCUUGUACUGGAAAUAGAUAAACAUAAGAAUAAUUGGAGACCUUCAAAUAAGUAGGAAUGUUAGGAGCAAUAGAGAAACCGGUGACUAAAACAAAUUUGAAAGAGUUACUUCUUAAUAUAAAUGCCUAAAGAAACUAAGCAUAAUUUACUCAUUACUUUUGA